GAUGUAGACGUCAGAGAAUGUGAUGUUUUCUGUAUGGUUGGAGAAGAAUGGCUGCGCGUGUGAUGGCCAGCGAAGGUGAUGUAAACAUGCAAUCUGAUGACUUUGAGCCUCUUGAGCCUUCGCUUCAGAAUAUCCUGGAGCAGAAGUCUUUGAGGUGGAUAUUUGUUGGUGGUAAAGGCGGUGUAGGAAAAACUACCUGCAGUUGCAGCCUGGCUGUUCAGCUUUCCAAAGUACGAGAAAGUGUUCUCAUCAUAUCUACAGAUCCUGCACAUAAUAUAUCAGAUGCUUUUGAUCAGAAGUUCUCUAAAGUUCCCACCAAGGUUAAAGGAUUUGACAACUUGUUCGCAAUGGAGAUUGACCCAAAUGUAGGUUUCAAUGAACUCCCAGAAGAAUAUUUUGAGGGGGACAAUGAAGCCAUGAAAUUAAGUAAGAGUGUUAUGCAGGAAAUAGUUGGAGCAUUUCCUGGAAUUGAUGAAGCCAUGAGCUAUGCAGAAGUUAUGAAGCUUGUGAAGGGUAUGAACUUCUCUGCAGUUGUGUUUGACACUGCACCAACUGGCCACACACUUAGAUUGUUGUCAUUCCCUCAAGUUGUUGAAAAAGGACUUGGCAAGAUUAUACGAUUGAAAAUGAAAAUUAGCCCUUUCGUUUCCCAGGUUGGUGCACUCCUUGGUUUGUCUGACUUCAAUGCAGAUUCGUUUUCUGGGAAACUGGAGGAAAUGCUGGCAAUCAUCCGUCAAGUGAAUGAGCAGUUCAGAGAUCCUGAACAGACAACAUUUGUUUGUGUGUGCAUAGCAGAAUUCCUGUCACUAUAUGAAACAGAGCGACUUGUACAGGAACUCACAAAGUGUGGAAUUGACACACACAAUAUUAUUGUGAACCAGCUGCUGUUUCCCUCUGCAGGAGAAGUGCCAUGUCGUAUGUGUGCAGCAAGACACAAAGUCCAGGAGAAAUAUUUGGAUCAGAUAGCUGAUCUUUAUGAAGACUUCCAUGUAACAAAGCUUCCACUUCUUGACCAUGAAGUGCGUGGGGUGCAGCAAGUAAAGGAAUUUUCUGAGAACCUUGUACAACCUUAUCGUCCAAAAUAAUUUUGAUAUAGUUAUAAAGAAUUAUUAAGUUUGUAUUGUGAUGAAACUUAUUUUUAACCAAAAUAAAUUUGACAGUGUCUGUUUUAA